AUGAAAUCAACAUGGCGCGUUUACGAUUUCCAGGCCGUCCUGGAUGUAGAUUCGAUCGACUGGGAGUGCGCUAUGGUGCUGAUGAGGCCAGAAAUACCAAUGAUCCCCUAACAUUAUUUGUAGCAAACAUUCACCGUGGAUUGCGAUUGUUUAGAGAACUUGUUGGUGAUUCGGAUGAGGAUGAUGAAUUUGAGGGGUUCACCAAAGAGGAAGUUCGACUUUCCGAAAAAAAAUUACAAAAGGAGUUGGCCAAAUAUAAGAGAGAUGAUGAGGGUGAUAUUAGCUCACCAGUUUCACCCAAAUUUGGCACAAGGUUGUCAAAAAGAAGAGAAAGCUUGGAAAAUCUACCCUCGGCAGAAUGCACACGAAAUCGGAAGUCUACACUCAUCAGAAAGUCUUACAAAGAGAUGAUAAAUCAAGGUCUUGCAACACCAUCAAAGUCAUACAUUAUCAAAAAAGCAAAAGACUCAGCAUCUGCAAGAAGUGAGGUUCACAAAGAGAUGAAGAAAUGGCAGAAGAACAGAAAAUCUACAGAAACGAGCCAAGAAAAAGCACCAAAGAAAUUCAAAAUACGAUUAGAUCCUCAUGGAAAAGUGAGGAAAAUCGGUAACAAGAAAGGUCGGCCCUCGAAAUCUGAUGAAUCAAAUUCUGAUGACUAUGAUAAACCUUUAAAAGUUGAUGAAAAAGAAGAAAUGGGGGCCUCUGAGAAAGGGAAAAAGAAAGUGAAAGAAAAAGACAAGUUUUCAGCUGUAGGAAAGGCUAAGCAGUUAUUACAGAAAGCAAAGACCUGUAAAAAAGAUAAAGUAUCUCCAGAGCAGACCAAGAAGAAGGUUUCCGCCAGGAAACAGUUUGUUUUGCCAGUUCUGAGUUCUAGGUCAUCUCGUGUGAUCAUUCCAAACAAAAGAUUUAUUGAGGAAGACAGUGAAAAUCUUGGAAAAUCUUUUGCAAAGCGUCCAGCACUGAAAACGGACCAGUCACUGAAACCAGCAGUAGUGGAACCGAAAUUACUACCUGAAACUGGUUUAUUUGCUAAUGCGUCAACCAAACUGCAGAUUGAAACCGAAAAACUGCCAUCUUUACCAAUAUCCAGUUUAUCUCCCUCUGGAAUUGUGAAGCCAAAGUUUGAGGCUUUGACAGGAAUCGGUGGAUUCCCGUCACCUUUGUACGAUCAGCCGCUGAUCGUGGAAGGGAAGCGAGCCAGAAAGCCAAGCUUGAAGGUUCGAAUGAAAAUGUCUGAUUCCUCGUAUAAAAAAUUCAAAGAAAGGUCUUUAGAGAAGAAGUUAGAAGCCCGCAAAAUCCUUGAACAAGAGAAAGUGAAACAGAAGGAACAAGACUACGCACAUGAGGGCAAAAAGUUGUUUUUGUCUCCUUCCAAAUUAGGUGCUACAUUAACACCCAAGUUACCUACAAUACCAAUUAUGGCACCACCAAAGUUUGGAGUGGCACCAUUUUCAUCCAUUUCUGAACGAGAGCGUUUGGAGAAACUAGAGCGAGAAGCCCUUGUGAAACGUAUGCGAGGGCACAACAUUUUACGUAAAGCAAAAUUUCAGCUGAAUCGCGCAGCAUUAAAUAGAUCUAAAGCUGAUUUGGCCCGAACAUUGAAAAAGGAAUUAAAAAUGGAAGCCAAAUUACAGAAAAUUCAAGAGAGUCACAAAAAUAAAUUGGUAUCCACUGCUUCAGGGGUUAGGUUGGAGCAGGAUGUUGGGGAUGAUGGUUCUGUUAAUAAAGUGUUCCACUGCUGCAUUUGUGACAGAGGGAUGGCUGCUCCAAGAAAGAGAAGUGGUGUUAUAACCUGUGAGAGUUGUCGGAGGUUUUUCCAAAUUCACACGGAAAAAAUAAAUCAGAACCAAGCUUUGACAUGUACAACACGAUCAUGUAAGAUUUAUUAUAAGGAGAAACCAUACUGCGAAGAUUGUCGUUACAACAAAUGUCUGAAAUUCUUCAAUUUGGGAGACAGAAAAGCACAAACCAGCAGUGACCAAAUUGCAGGGUCCAAUGACCUUACAAAGGAGAUUCAUGUUACAAUUCCUCAAAUUACUGUCUCAUCUGCCUCUCCGGGUACAAGUGCACCAAUGAGUUCACCAUUUGGUUCUCUGAAAUCUCCAUCCUCAUUGUUGUCCCCCAUGGCUGCUUCCUCCCCUCCAGUCACCACAACAACCAGCUCCCCAGAAACAGAUGACUCCCCCAAAUCUGAUGGCAGAGGACCGAGAAUCAAGCAUGUGUGUCGAAAGGCAGCAGUGGUUCUGGGGAAACCUGUUGCCAAAUUUCCUAAAUCUCCAGAGAUUACACUUAGUGCAUUGCCAAGUGGGGAAAAAGUCAAAUUAUGGAAGAAGGAUCAGGAAGACAAGAAAGAAUUGUCAGAUGAUGAAUUGCCACUGGAGGACAUCAUACAACAAUCAGAGGACAACUUUCAGUCUGUCAAGAAGACACCAGUGCGUUCCCCUUUAAAAGUCUACCGAGGGGGUCGCUACGGAAAACGGAAGAUCCGCUGCAAGAAAUGUGAGGGCUGUACCUCGGAAGAUUGUGGUGUUUGCAAUUAUUGUCUCGAUAAGCCAAAGUUUGGAGGGAGAGGAGUCAUGAAGCAGGCAUGCAUAAAAAGACGCUGUAAAUACCCUCGCUAUAGCCGCUUGGCCCCUGGUACUCUGAUGAGGCCCAGGGACUCUGACAAUCAAAGUGAAGGGUCAGCAUCUAGUCCUUGUAAGGAUACCUCCUCACCGGGCCCUGUACAGCAAGGACGAUCUCAAAAUGAUCCUUCAAAAGGAACAUCGAGUAGGAACUCCUCUCUCAGUGUUAUUCAAAGAAUGGCAUUACAAGGAAAAAGACUUCUCAAUGCCAAUAAACUCAAUAAUGACAAAUCAAGUAGGCCUUUCUCUGAAGUCCUCACCCCAGAGGAUGUUAGCAGGCGACUGUGGCAAGAAUUUGGACAUGCGCCACAAGUUUCAUUUCCAAAAUUUCAGUCUUCUUCGUUUGGAGAAGGCAUCAAAUCUCAAAAUUCUACUCAACCCAAGAGAAUGAUUACUAAGUUUAAGGGAUCUGAGGGUAAAUCAGACACCAUGAUAAUGCACUCCGUGACCACUGCUGGAGGGUGGUCAGCUCAGGGCAUUGCACAACACCGGAUCAAAGCAGAGUAUAGGGAGAACUUCGAGCUGACCAGUGUAUGGUAUAGUGGAGUCUCGCUUACAAUCUCGGGUCCCAUGUGUGUUCGUGUCAUCUGUUUUCUGUGUGGAAGUGCUGGAAAACACGAGAUGUUGUACUGUAAUGUGUGUUGUGAACCAUUCCAUGAGUUCUGCUUGGAAGAGGAAGAAAGACCUCAUGAGAUAAAUCCUGUCAACUGGUGCUGCAAGAGAUGUCAGUUCUGUAAUGUCUGUGGCCGCCAAAACAAUCUAUUACAAUGUGACAAGUGUCAGAAUACAUACCACCCAGAGUGCCUGGGCCCAAACUAUCCAACAAAACCUUCAAAGAAGAAAAACAUCUGGAUCUGUACAAAGUGUGUGAAGUGUAAGAGCUGUGGGGCCACCACACCAGGCUCGGGAUCCGCAGCAACAUGGACGUAUGACUUUCAGCUGUGUUACGAAUGUGGUCAGCUGAUGGACAAAGGAAAUUAUUGUCCCAUUUGUCAUAAAUGCUACACAGAUGAUGACUGGGACAGUAAGAUGGUCCAGUGUGUGUCAUGUGAGAGCUGGGUCCAUGCCAAGUGUGAAGGACUCUCGGAUGAAAUGUAUGAGCGUGUGUCCGUCCUCCCAGAAGAUGUGCAUUACAUCUGUAAAAUUUGUUCCCCCAAAGGACCCAGGCACUGGGAACUAGUUCUGAAGGACUCAUUUAUGGAUGGUCUGAAGUCUGUCUUUAACACAGUCACUCAGGCCAAGUGUGCCCAGCACCUGCUACACAUAGAUGAGAAGAAAGUAAAGGAGCUAGAAGAUAAACUGAAUGAACAGAAAUAUGGAAGUGCAUUGAAAACAACCAUUGAGUUGGAGAAAAGCCUUGAAAACUUUGUGAAUUCUCUGGAAAAGGUACUUAAAAGUAAGAACAAAGCAGGUGCCAUCGAACAACAGCAAACUGAAGAAAAAAACACUGAGAAAGGGCCUUCUGUGGUGGAGCUAGUGGACGGGGACAAAAAAGACGAGAAGCCAUCAGAAGAUAAUGACAAGGACGACAGUUUGAUUCGAUUUGAAGGGGAUGAGGAUUUGGACGAAACAAAGUCCUCCAUGGAUGGGGAACAGCAGUCUGAUGUAGAAAUGGCCGAGGUCUUAAACGAUAGUGAUACAAUCUCAAUAGCUGAUGGAGAGACACUGUCUGCAGUGACGACACCUGGUGUUUCAAGGGGGGUCACUCCAGCUGGAUCCCCAGAAGCUGGGGAAGAAGGAAUAGAGGAAUUGCCUCCCCCUCCUCAAGUUUCUGGAGACCUGGCUCAAAAGUUGGGAGAUGUUGUGGAUGCAAGUGCAGAAGAUAGAAUUAUGGAGAAUAUUCCAAAAAUUACUUUGCUUUUAGGGGAAGAAAAAGAUGAAGUGGAUGGUUCAAAGAAAGAAAACUGUGAGGCUAUUGUGAGUACUGUUGACAAUAAAGAGAGAGAACAGUCAACUUCUGUUGAUGUUGAAAUGGAGGACAAAAUGGAAUCUCAUUCAAAUGUCUGUGAUACUGACAAUUCUGCAAACUGUCCGAAAUUACCAAGUGAUGAUCAAAGUAUUAACUUACUGGACAAAGAAAUCAAACAAGAACAAAUUGAGGAAAAUUCGCAAAGGAACUCAUGUGAAGGACAAAGUUCAGCAAAGACAUCUGAUGAAGUAGUUGAUUUAACUGUAGAGAAAAGUGUCUCUUUCUUGUUAUCAACUCCAACCAAAGGUUUGAUUACACCGAAAAAGUGUUCUAUGACGGACAAUCGAUUCUUACCAGGAUUCAUUAGAUCUUAUCCCAAAGACUUCAAUGCAGUAAAAAUUAAACUAAUUAAUGAGGAGUACUCAUCUGUGAAUGAAUUCAGUGGGGACAUGGCUCAUAUCAUCAAUCUAGCAUUAAAUGAUCCAGAUGAGCUGAAACUGGUGAGAAAGAAAGCAACCAAUUCUGUGCGCUCCAUGUUUGUGAAGCAAAUGGAAAAAUGUUUCCCAUGGUUCAAUGUGAAAGCAUGUCAGAUUUGGGAUCAAAACCAGAAUUUUCCACCGGGUAUGCUACCAGAAGCAGUAUUACCUCCAUUUGAGGACCACACUUAUGCCCAGUGGUUAGAGAGGGAGGAACUUCACCGGUCCCCACAACCCUCACCAUUCAAGAGAGUGGGAAACACCCCCAUCAAGAAAAUAAUACCUCUUCCUGUUGAUGAAGAUGCAGAAAAAGUCUUGUCAUGUGACUUGGAGGAAUCGGGUGAAGAUAUUAGACGAUGUAUUCUUUGUUGGCACUAUGGAGAUUCUGAUCCUAAUGAUGCUGGGCGACUACUGUAUGUUGGUCAGGAUGAUUGGGUACAUGUGAACUGUGCCUUGUGGUCAGCUGAAGUGUAUGAAGAAGAGCAUGAUGGGACAUUACAGAACGUCCAGACAGCUCUGUCAAGGGGGAGAGUCAUGCGCUGUGACAGUUGCCAGCGGGCGGGGGCUACAGUGGGGUGUUGUACGAGAGGCUGCCCAGCCAAUUACCACUUCAUGUGUGCUCGUCAGGAACUCUGUCUCUUCCAGGAGGACAAGAAGGUGUUCUGUCCGCAGCACAGAGAGAAGGUGGAUGGAGAGCUGGUUGCGAAGGAGAAAUUUGCAGUCAACAGAAGAGUUUGUGUGUCUAUGGAAGAUCUCAAAUUCAACAAGAAAACCUGGUCAAAAGGCUUGGAUCCAUCCAAUAUUAGUGUUAUAAUUGGUUCAUGUACAGUAGAAGAAUUAGGAAGACUUUCCCCUAUCUCUGAUACAAAAGAUCUACUAUUUCCAAUUGAAUUCAGUUGUACUCGGGUGUUUUGGAGCACACAGGACAUCAGAAAGCGAUGUGUCUAUACGUGUCAGAUCGUGGAGGUAAAACCAGACAGUCCAAAAGGUGCAUCUAUGGUGAUUAAAGACACCACUAUUAUCCAUGAUGAAACUCAUCCGGAUUAUGUGCCCCUGUCUCAGAUCAACCUGCCAGGCAUUAACCUCUUCCCUGAGAAAAGGUCAAGGACAGAGAGUCUGGAGAUAAGUCACCUCAGCAGUGAGUCAGGGUUUUCCAGGAGCUUAGAUUCAUCAGGUGACUGUGAAAUACUCAAUAGCACCAUGAAUAUCAGUCAGAAUAUUACUGAUUUUGACACUAGCAAAGAUUCUUUGAGUUCCUCAUGGCCGAUUGUGAGAAAGAGGAAAAAAAGUGACUCGUGUGUGAAUCUUGGUGUUCUGUCACCUAAUACUCUUAAGCUCUUGAACUUAAAGGAUCCUGAAAAAUUCCAACAGGCAUCAAAGCCUUGUAAACAGGAUAAAGAAGAUUUUGAAACUUUGAUCAAAAUUGCUGAUAGAUUAAAUAUGGCAGCAGUUGGGAAGACAGACAAGGCCAAAGGCUUCACUCAGAGACAGAGAUCAAGGUCAGUGGAUCGCCUGUUGUCUCCACCACCUGUUCGAUUUUCUCCAUCUUUUAGAUCAGAAGGUCAUCAGAGUGCUGGGAAUUCAAGAUCUAAUUCCAGAGCAAAUUCAGAGGAAAGAACAUUUUCUCCAAUACCUACUAUGUCCCUAGAAAAACAACUGGCUAUGAACAAGGAAGUGACUUCAAUGAAACCUCUUAUAGACAGUAAUUGUAAUUCUCAGGUGACUGAUCUGAACAAUGCAGAUGUUGCAGGAUCACCACAAGGACCAGAAGGGGGCCUGGAGCCCAUUAAUGAAGAAGGGAUCCCUGAUGGUGAUCUUUCAAAUGAAACCUAUGUUGUUCUUCCAGAGGGUUGCUCUGAGCUUUCUGAUGAAGACAUGCAGAUGAUAGCAGAGGCAAUAGAGAGAAGUAGAUCUGAACAAGCCACUGAUGAAAGCAUGAUGUCAGUGGAAUCAACAGAGGAACCUAGUGGUGAGGUUGACAAGAAAAAAUCUGAAAUUGAUGUAGGUACUGAAGUGUCUACAGCAGAAGCAGGUUCUACAGCAGAAGCAGAUUCAUCUUCAAAGGAAGUCCAGCAGGAUUUGUCGUGUACAAUUGACAGUGAGAGGGUGGUGGAUGAGGCACUUGAAGGUAUGCAAAUUGACUCCACCUCUGAAAAAGAGGAAAUGAACGUGGAAUUAGCUAUGGAUAUUAGAGAAUCAAUUGAAAAUGGGAACCAAAUCGAUUCUACUGCGUGUUCUGAUAGUAAAGGUCUUGAUUCAGAAUUAUUUGUGAAAACUGAUAUUUUACCAACUGCUACCAUUAAGGAAAUGGGUUGUGAUAAAACAGAAUUGGUAAACCAAGUAAAAGAAACUCAAAAACAAAUGGACAUCUCCAAGGACUCUGAAUCUAAGCAAAGUACUCUCUCUGAUGUUGACACAGCUGAUGAAGGUACAAACAUUACUUCAGAACAUGAAGUUAAGGAACAUUCAACAUCCAGCAUAUUUAACGAGGAGUCAGGUUCUUUAGAAGUUGAGGAGAAAGUUCCAGAAGCAGACUCACAAACAUGUCCUACAGAUAUCUGUGAGGCUAGUACAGAGAAAAUGGAAACAGAAAUGGCUGUUGAUAUUUCCAAGGAGUCAGAAGUUGUGUCUAGUCUUGCACCUAUUUCUAAAGAGAUGUGCAGUACUAAAGUUCCAUCAGAAAAUCUUGACAAAGUUGGAACACAGAAUUCUGAUGAGUCAUUAAUAGCAGGUGCUAAUGCUCCAUUAACAAGUCCAUCUUUACUCCACUCGGAGCAGCAGAGGCCUGUAGAAAAUGUGUUCAGUGGUACAGCAAAAAGCGAUAAAAAAAUUCCUGUCUAUUGCCGUGAGGGCCAGCUAAUAGGAUACAGAACACCGAACAAGUCAAUGUUAGAACAUCAGGAACUUAGAAGACUACAUCUCACUACCCGAAAGCCGACUUUUGAGGAAAUUUUGAAUGAGGCUCAAAAACAAUUACAGGAACAGGAAAAUAAAACAGAUACCAAAAUGGAGGCAAAGGAAAAUAAAACAGAUAUCAACAAAUAUCAGCCACUUGAAUCUACAGAAAAGAGUUUUGUUCAGGCCAGUGUUGGGAGCUUUAAUGAUAAACAAGGAGAUGAUCUACAUGUUUCUACUGAACAUCAACCUGAGACAGUGGAGAGCAAGACAGAGGAUGCUUUAAGUAACAGUUUGUCUAGUGAGAGAAAUAUAUUUGACAUAAUGUCUGCAAACAAAGAGGAGCCUAAAAUUGCAAGUCCAAAACUGACUGUUGCAAUCGAAACCAAUACAAACCAGGAUACAGAAGAGAAGGAAACUGAAAUUCAGAAAGAAAACAUGGAUGGAAUUUCUGGAUCAAAAGAUUCAUCAGAAAAUGAAAAACAAAUUACCUCCAGGAGACAGUCAUCUGAAAGUGAUAAAGAUAGAAAUAUUUUUUCUGCAUUGGAAUCUUCAUUCAAUUCCAGUAAAGGACUAGACUCUUCAGAUAUUGAUGUGGAAUCUGUGCAAGAUGACCACAUUCCUGAUACGAGGACUGAAGAGGAAAAGAACAAUCUCUUUAAAGGUUUAGGAUUAGCUCGUACCCCAGAGGCCAGAAAGACGAAAGAGUUGAAGAAAACUCCCAUCAAAAGUUACCCCCUGCGUCGCCGAAGUGCACAGGGUGGGGCUGGAUCAGAGGACAAGAGAAGUGAUCUGCCAUUACAUGAUCAAAUUGCUCAGAAAAUUAAAGCAGAAAGCUUAGCUAAGAGCAGUCCGGGGGAUAAAGGUCCAUUUAAAUGUCCUACAUGUAAGAGACUUUAUCGCACUGUGGAGAGCUUUGAUACACAUGUGGAGACUUGUGAUUUUGAGGUCAGUACAAGUGAUGAAGAGGAAGAGAGUGAGAAUGAAGGAGGGACCAGAAAGUACUCCAUGAGGCAGACAACAGUCGUCAAAAAGGUUGUAAUGGAGAUCGAGCAAAAGGAAAGGGAAUCUGAAAGUGCAGCAAGGAAAGAAAAGAUUCUUUCAACAAAGCCCUUACACAAGAAACCCAGACUGGUUUUGCACAAAUUGUCACCAAGGAAGCUUCAGCAGGGGAACACAAACCUGUCUCCAAGGAAAAGAGGAAGACCCCCUAAAACAGAAAGUAAAGACAUUUCUGUGAAAUCUGAGUUGAAGGGCCAGAAACGCUUGCUUUCAUCCGAUGAUGAGAAAAGUGGUACUGAAAAUGAAAGAAAGAGAAGACUCUCAAGACAUUCCUCAGGAGGCAGUGUAUCAACAGUCAGACACAGCAGAAGCUUAUCAGGUGGAGUGAAAUUGGUGGAAGAUGUUAAGGUUGAAAAUGAUGAUGAUGCUUCUUCUCCAAAACGAGGAAGGGGAAGACCCAGAAAGUCAUUGGUCUCUCCCAGUGAUGAGAAGAAGCAGGAGGAAAAAUCUGUUGUAAAGGAACAAAGUCAAAGUGAAGAGAGUGAUUUAAACAGAUCCAUAUCUCCAAAGAGGGGAAGGGGAAGACCAAGGAAAAGUUCUUUACUGACUGAAGAAGACAUCAAGCAGGAGAUAAUAACAUCUGAUGAGCUGAACAGUCAAGAUGAAUCUCUGUCUGAAAAUUCUCCAAAAUCAACAAGAGGAAGAGGGAGGCCAAAAAAGAAUUCUGUGGUUUUAGAAGACACAUCUUCAAGCAGUAAAAAUCAAAUGAGGAUUACUAGACGAGCAUCUGGUGACCAUGUGUGCAGUGAGAGUAGCACUAUUUCUCCUAAAACUCAGAAACGUAGUCAAGGUAGACCUUCCAGUGGAUCAACAAAAAAGGAAGAACUCUCAGGGAGAUUAAGAAAGGGUCUUGUCAAGCACAGUGGUACUCAAAGAAGGGAGACAAGGCUUAAAGAUAGGACAGCUAGUAUUACAGAUGGAAGACCAGUUAGGUUGAAGAAGAAGGUCAAUUUGGAAUAUCCAGGAUUGUCCUCCUUAGCUUCCAAAAGAAAUGCCAUAUUGUCCAGAAAAAUUCACUCCUUGAGGGAUAGCAGAAUCAAGCAGCAGAAAUUGAAACAAGUGAUAUCUAUGCAAGGAAAGAAGCUGGAAAGAAUUGUCAAGGAGAAUGGAGUUAAAAGGGGAAGAGGCCGGCCACGAAAGUAUGAGGCUGAGAAAUCAAGGAAAUCUGAAGAUGUGCAGAGUAAGGGAAAGAAAAAUGACAGAGUAAAAAGUGAUACUCAGGAAAAGAAGGAUAGCUCAGAAAAUGAGAAAAAAGAACUAAAAGAUGCAAAGGAAAGUAAAAUGUCAGAUAAAGAUGAAAAAAGUAACAAGAGGGAAAAUCUCAAAGAAACAAAAGAGACACCAAGUAAAGAUAUGAAUACUGAAUCAAACAAGAAGCAGGUAACCAAAUGUCAGAAACGCAAGAGUAAAACUGGCAUUGAAAACGCAAUUCUCAAUGUGAUUCAGCAGUCAAAUACUUCAACUCUGCUAAAGUGUCCUGUUCAGCAAGUACCAUCUAUAUCUGAUUCUGAAGUUAUCACUAUAACUGAUGAAACAUCAGAAGACGAGGUCAUUUUUUGUGAGAAAACGGGAGAUUUCCUGUCCAAGGGUAGAAAAAAUGCUGCUAAAAGUUGUGAAACCCAGUGUGAUUUUGAUAGUGAUAUGUCACCUCUGAAAAGUGACAUUAGUGUGGUGAGCACAUCAAGUAAUUUGCAGAUUUCAUCCACAUCAAAAGAUGUUCAGGCAGGAAAUCAGAGAAGUCCUUCCAAAUCGGAAACUGUCAGAGAAACAAGUUCUUCCACAAAAGAUGUUCAGGCAGGAAAUCAGAGAAGUCCUUCCAAAUCAGAAACUGUCAGAGAAACAAGUUCUUCCACGAAAGAAAUGUUACCAAAAUGUAUUCAUGCAUCUUUGAGUAGCAAACAAAAUGAUGCAAUUGAACCAGAAAAAAGUGCAGAUACCAAUGUGGUUGAAAAAGCAUCAGGAAUUCAUUCAAAUGAAGGGAAGAAAACCUCUACAGAAAAUGUAGGGAAGGAAACAUCUACAGAAAAUUUAAAGAAGGAAACAUCUACAGAAAAUUUAGGGAAAGAAACAUCUACAGAAAAUUUCGGGAAGGAAACACCUACAGAAAAUUUAGGAAAGGAAACAUCAACAGAAAAAUUCGUGGAUCAAAUUAUGAAUAACCCUGCAAUUAAGCAGUUGACACCUGUUGAACUUUUAGAACUUCAGAACAAAGUCACUGAUGAAAAAGUGGAUCUGUCUACUCCUAGCAAGGUGGAUACAGAAGCCACAAUCAAAACCAUAAAGGAAUUUUUGAAAAAGAAAAUAGAAGAAGGAACCAACAAGACAAUGUAUGUGACAGAUGCAGGAAAUGUAGAAAGUCAAGGUCAAAGUUCAUCUGAACAAAAGAGUUUUUCUGAACCUGUCUCUGUGAUGAAAAUAAACCUGCCCUCAAGUGUGACUCCUCAUGACAUUAAGAAAAUUAUUGAGGCUCAUAAGAGAGCCACUGGAACCCUUGGAAAGUCAGAGAGCAGCAUAGGCAUUACACCUAUAUCUAGAUCCUCACCAUUACAGUCUCUAAUGAGUCAGUCUACAACUUCCAUUUUAAGUUCCACAUCUACUUCCCCACAGUUCAGCCAAGCACAAUCACAGCAAAGCAAUCCAACAGUACAAACAAGUAUGAUUCCUCCAAACCCUGUAAUUCCACAGAGCUUUGGAGUGACAGCAACUCACAUGUCAGCAGCAAAUGCUCUUCUAGCAGCGGCAAAUGCCAUCUCUCCAUCUUCAAAUCCAAUACUGCCAUCACCCUCCCCCAUGAUGCCACCUCCAAAUGCCAUCAUGCCAUCUCCAAACACAGUGAUAUCACAGUCACCCCAAAGUCUUCCAGCUCUUAAUCCAUUACUGCAUUCUCAUCCGCCUGCCAUCCAGCCUGCAGUUAUUCCAUCUCGGAGUGCAAUUUUACCAGUAGGACAGCAGUUGUCAAUGAUGUCUCCAAGUGCCAUAUUGCCAUCACAACAAACUCCACUGGUCACAGGUGGUAUUCAGGGACCAUUGUAUUCUGUCAGCAAUAGCACUCCAGGGUAUCAAGCCAUAUCUCCAGCCAUCAUGACUGUCCCAGAACCUCCCAAAACUUACCUACUUCCCCCAAAUCAAAACUUAAUAACUGUGCCACAAAGUCAAAAUAUAUUAAAUGUUCCUCAAAAUCAGCUUGUGACACCAAACAUUCCUCAACAUUUGGACAAUUACAUGCUUUCACUAAUCAACAAUUCUGGGAUCCGUGUCAGCCAGAGUUUACUUAAUACUGGUGUUUCUACAGUGAUGAACAGUACACAAUACGUGCAGAGUGUUCCACAAGUACAAAACAUUACACCACUUCAAAAUGUUCCACAAAUGAUUCAGAACAUGGGAUUUCAAAAUAAUGCUCAGCAUGAGUUAAUGCAAAAACAGUCAACGGCACAGACUCAAGGACCAGCCAUUAAAACUGUACCUGUAAACAGUCAGUUGCAAGCAUUUGUUCAUCAAAGUACUUCUUCUGUUGCUAGCAAUUCAGUGUCAUCUGUUAAUCUCCCACCAUCAAAUCCAACAAUUGUGAGAGUUUUUGUAGAUGGAAAGCCAAUAGCUAUGACUACAGAUGCAUCUGUUCUGAAUGAUCCCACUUCAUUUUUGGCAAAAUUAGAUCCAACAGCUCUUCAGAGAGGGAGGUACAAUAUGUCUAUGACUUCUCAUCGGGUCACUUCAACAACAACCGUAACAGUGUCUUCCAAAGGCAAUACCACUAAUUUGAAAACUCAGUGUUCUCCAACUGCAGCAAAUAAAGUAUUGUCUGCUCUACUCAAGACUCGUACAAAAGUGGUGUCUGAACCAUCACUGCAUACUUCCUUGUUAACAAAAAGUCCUAGAGGCAGACCAGUAAAAUGUACAAUCCCAUCUCAGAAAAAGACAAUCUUCCGACAACUCACAAAAGCACCUACUUCCACAUGCACAGUUUCAACAAUGGCAUCUCUGUCAUCUGGUCCAUCACUUUCAACCAGUUCAAUGGCUAUACAGGCAGCUCCACACACCAGACUUCCACCAGCUAUGGCACAAAACAGAAGCCUUUUACCAGCCUCAUUUAAAUCCCAGAAAGAAGACACACAAUCAACAGAGAAAUCAUUUCCUGUGAUAAAAAUUUCUAGUACACCAGAGAUGGUUGUAAAUAAACCAUAUAUUGUUCGCAAGGCAGAUGGAACAAUAGUCAAAAAGAUCAUUAAAACUGCACCUAAAGAUGAUCAAGAAAAGAACUUUGCCAUCCAACCAAAGGUCAUGAAGGCAAUAAUGAAGAAGCUAGGAGGCGAUAAGUCACUUCCGAUCUUAGGGAAACAUGGCAAAGGUUACGAAAUGUUAUCUGUCCGUGUCAAGAGCAAGGCAGCUGUGAAAGUCAAGGAGAAGAGAAAGCGCCUUCGAAAGAGUCCUCAAAAAGUCCGACUAGGACUUCCACCACCUUCAGGUACUUUGAGCCACCCCAUCAUACACCCCCACAAAGAGCUGAUGACCCUCCCUCAGCCUGCCCUAGAGGAAGAGGUGGAGGAGACUCCUUUUGGACAGUUUCAGCAGGAGCAGCAAGAGAAACAGCUGGGAAAGCACAAGAAGGAUGGGCCCAAAUUCCAGUUCCAGAUCUCUAGUGAUGAUGGCUUCUCCUGCAAAGGUGACUCUAUGACAGAGGUUUGGCAGCAAGUUAUUGAGAAAGUUCAGGAUUUGCGAUCCUCGGCUAGAAUGAAACACCUGUCAUUUACAAGUUUGGAUCCUACCAGGUUGUUUGGCAUAAGCUAUAACCCAGUUGUCUACUUGGUGGAACAGUUGUUUGGGGCACAGAACUGUCGGAACUACAACUUCAAAUACCAUCAGUAUGACAUGGCUGAUUUAGAAGAGGAACCAGCUGAAAACCCUUCAGGGUGCAUCAGAUCAGAACCUUUUGAGUCGAGGAAACCAUUUGACAUCUUCAGCUUUCUCAUGUCUCAGUAUCGACACAUGCCUGGUACUUGUGACAGCAAAAAUGAUGUUGAGAUGGUUCACAAGUCUGCCAGACGAGCCACAAGCAUGGAUUUGCCCAUGGCUAUGAGGUUCAGAAAACUGAAAGAGCAUUCAAGAGAAGCUGUUGGAGUUUACAGGUCUCCCAUACACGGCAGAGGGCUGUUUUGUAAGAGGAACAUAGAUGAGGGCGAGAUGGUGAUAGAGUAUGCAGGGGAGGUAAUCAGAGCUUCCUUGACCGACAAGAGAGAAAAGUACUAUGAAGGAAAGGGCAUUGGUUGCUACAUGUUUAGGAUAGAUGAUUUUGAUGUCAUUGAUGCCACAUUACAUGGAAGUGCAGCUCGGUUUAUAAACCACUCUUGUGAGCCAAACUGCUACUCCAAGGUGAUUAAUGUGGAUGGGAAGAAGCAUAUUGUUAUAUUCGCAAUGACAUCAAUUAAGAGAGGCGAAGAACUUACAUAUGACUACAAAUUCCCAAUAGAAGAGGUGAAAAUUCCUUGUACAUGUGGUGCUAAAAAGUGCCGCAGGUACCUCAACUAAUGACUGUGAUAUCAAUCUUCAACACAAGUGAUCAAAUUGUUUUCCAUUUACAAUAUGAUUGUAAGACCGUAUAGUUUCCCGUUUUCUUUCUUAACUCCGGUGAAUUACGAAUUCCAACUGUUUGUUAAAAGUUUCGCACAAACAAUUGAGUUUUGUCGUUCAUAAGAAGGACAUGUUGUAAAGUGACAACGAAAUCCUACAUCAAGACACCAAAUACUUAGUACCGGUACUCUAACAGGACUUGUGAUUAAUAUGUACAGAAGAAAUUAUUUUUCUGUUCCAUUUUGUUAACAGUUUUAACUGACGACCAUUUUUGAUCAUGUUAUGAAUUUAUUCUGGGAGAUGAACUCACCUUCAAAUGAGAGUCAUGAUAUCUUUACCUGAUACGAAUUCUCCAUUCAUCAAUUUUAUUUCACCCAGACUUCCAUCCUCAUCAUCGAUUAUAUUUUUUAUCAUCUUUAUUGUUGUGUAUUAAACUUACAUGUAAGUAAUAUGUUUGUAUAUCAUGUUUAUGCACAGAUCACAUUCACUAUAGAUUUGAACAUGUUAUGAAAUAACUAAGUUGAAAAACAUUGAUUAUUUUUUUGUGUACCCCCUCCAUUUAUUUAUUGCUUUGUUUGUCUCUGGGUAAUUGUUAUAGUCAUGCAAUACCAGAUGUGUUCAGAUAGCCAUUAUUAAAAACAUGCCCCUGUAAAUAUUUUGCACUGAGUGUUUUGUACAUAUAUGUAUAUAGAUAGUGUAAAUACUAAGGUUUUUUCUGUCCUAAUCUUAUUACAUGUACUGGUAUGUUUUAUCUUGUUUUCUGCUUUAUUUGAUAACUGCCAGUUGUGACAAGAGAAGAGUUUUCAUUUAACCAUAUAUUAAUUUAAGAAAAAAAAAUGAAAUGGAAAAAAUAAAUUAUU